ACUCACUCCCCCAAUCACUCAUAAUCAUGUUGUAGCGGCUCCGAGAGGCAUGUCAAGCUCCCGGAGGACUCAUUAAUGCCCCCAGAGCGCAGAGGCGGACCCACUCGGCCGGCAGGCGUCCUCCCAGGUUCCGUUUUGGACACAUUUCCCAGCCAGCCACCUGCGCCUUGGUGAAGCCGGGAGCCCAUGCAGGGAUGCCGCGAUGCUGUGCACACGGAGGACUAAAACUUUGGUGUCGACGUGCGUGAUCCUGAGCGGCAUGACCAACAUCGUGUGUCUCCUGUACGUCGGCUGGAUCACCAACUACGUGGCCAACAGCGGAGGAGCCAAAGUUGCGGAGAGCGGCGGCGGCGAGGCGGACAGAAAGUUGGAAGAGGACAGCAAGGGGGAAACCCUGAGGAUCAUCGAGAGGCUGGACCGCCUGGAGAGCGUGGUGAACCAGCACAUCAGAGAGACCCCUCAGAAGGACGGUGAAGACGCAGCGCCUCUAUCAGACUCGGCCUCAGACCCCGCCGCUUCCCUUUUCAGCCACUGGGGGCACGACCUGGGUCCAGAGAGUAGAAGGGUCGCCCUCAAGAAGUUCCGUUACUAUGGAUACAACGGUUACCUUAGUGACCGUCUCUCCCUCACCCGGCCGAUUCCAGAUUUACGACCGGAUGGAUGCAGAAAUAUGUCUUAUUCAUCAGACCUUCCUCAGCUUAGCGUCAUCUUCAUCUUUGUCAACGAGGCCCUGUCGGUGUUGUUACGCUCCAUCCACACGGUGAUCCAGAGGACUCCGGCCUACCUGCUCAAGGAGAUCGUCCUGGUGGACGACCACAGCAGCAGCUUGGAGCUGAAGGACCACCUGCAGAGCUUUGUGGAUGAGACUAAUGCUCAGCACGGGCCGGGUUUCAUCAAGGUGGUCCGCCAUGACAAGCAGGAGGGACUGAUCAGGUCCCGGGUCAGCGGAUGGAGGGCAGCCUCGGCUCCGGUGGUCGCUCUAUUUGACGCGCAUGUGGAGUUCAACACCGGAUGGGCAGAACCUAUUCUGCAGCGGAUCAAAGAGGAUCGGACCCGAAUAGUUUCUCCCUCUUUUGACAACAUCAAGUAUGACACCUUUGAAAUCGAGGAAUACCCGUUGUCUGCUCAGGGUUUUGACUGGGAACUAUGGUGUCGGUACCUCAACCCACCCAAGUCCUGGUGGACACAGCGCAACCACACAGCCCCUAUAAGGAGCCCUGCUCUCAUUGGCUGCUUCGUGGUGGACAGAAAAUACUUUGAAGAGAUCGGCCUGCUAGAUGAGGGCAUGGAAAUUUACGGUGGAGAAAAUGUGGAGCUUGGCAUCAGGGUUUGGCAGUGUGGCGGCAGCGUGGAGGUGCUGCCCUGCUCCCGGAUCGCACACAUCGAGCGCGCCCACAAGCCCUACACGGAGAACCUGACGGCUCAUGUGCGCAGGAACGCUCUGAGGGUGGCGGAGGUCUGGAUGGACCAGUACAAGAGUCACGUCUACAUGGCCUGGAACGUCCCGCAGCAGAACUCAGGAAUAGACAUCGGAGACAUUUCUGAGAGAAAGGCCCUCCGGUCCCGACUCAAGUGCCGACCGUUCAGCUGGUUCCUGUCCAACAUCUACCCGGAGUUACGAUCCUACCGCGACACAGUCGCCUAUGGAGUGCUGAAGAACAGUCUCCGAGACGACCUGUGUCUGGACCAGGGACCUGACACUGACAAUGUUCCCAUCAUGUACCUUUGUCAUGGAAUGACGCCUCAGCAGAACGUGUACUUCACCAGCAACCAGCAGCUCCACCUGGGCGUGCUGAGCCCAACGAUCGAUGACGACGACAACAAGUGUCUGGUGGACGUGAACAGCAGGCCCCGGCUGCUGGAAUGCAGCUACGCAGCUACCAAGCACAUGAAGCUCACCUGGACAUUCUCUCAGGGGGGAUCCAUCCAGAACAUUGAGUCCCAACGGUGUCUGGAGGUGGUGGAGAGCAGACAUUCAGACUUCACUUUCCAGUUGGCCAUUCAGGACUGCACUGGUCAGAAAUGGACCAUCACAAACAUACUGACUGUCCUGCCACAGUGAACUCAAUGAAAUUCACCUGUCGCCUGGAUCAGCCUUCUUGUGAUGGACUAGUCAGCGAAUUCAAGAUUCAGCAUGGAGUUCCGGUGCCCAUUAAAAAAAUGACAGCCCUGAUAAAAAUUGGCUAUCUCAAUGACCUAAACAGUGAGAAAGUGUUCAGAAAGUUUUAGUUCCAGAGCUACUUUCAACUAGAAUCUUCACAGGAAAUGAUGUGCUUCAAUCAGACAUGGACCAUCAGAAACCUAAUAACCAUUUUUAUACUAGUGAUUUAUUGACAAGAGACACUCAUAGAUGGAUCCAAUGCUCUUAAAACGUCACACCCCAAUCGAAAUAAGAAAGAUGGCUUGUUCCGGUGAACGGCCUCGUGAAAUUAUGGGAGCAGUCUGGUUUUAGCAGAAGCGGGCCUGAAGUAGAAAACUUUUUGCACACCGGAUUUGCAGAAAGGUGCGUCGGAGGAGGAAAGCUGCAGCCAAAUAUAAAAAGAAAACUCCCACACACCUUCUUCUCACCGUGCACUCGUUUAUUAGGCCAAUGUUUCGGUCAUAGACCUUUUUCAAGGCAUCAAAAAAAGAUGCCUGAAAUGUAUUUCGAAUCCCUGUCUGCAAUUUAAGGUGUGGUUUGAACUUCUUCGGGCUCUUUGCACAACAACCAUUACAAACUGAGCGAGCAUGGUCGCAAUGUGUUUGCGAGCACUUGGACAGAUGCAAAGGUGGGUGACUACGCGCUGCACAAAUGAUCCGAUGAAGGCAGAUUAUAAUUUUUUAUCGUCACAUGGUGUUUGACCCUGAGUGGAGGCAACACAGGUGUGAUAGAUAUCCUCAAAGAAAGCUGAGAAAGCAGGGGGAGUUUAACCUAUUCAGACUUGAUGCAACAUACUGCCUUUUUAAGCCCCUGAGGCAGAUAUAAUAAUUUGCAAGACCCACAUAGAAUUAUGUCUUUCAAAAAAUACUGAAAGCCAAAGGGCAAAAUGGGUGAUUUAUGAUGAAUUCAGAAGAUUAACACAUUAGCCUAUUGUGCUAGCAGCUAGCCACUUGUCUAUUUUGGAGAUGUCUGUUUCAUUGUGGGACAUGGUGUCCAAGUUGGUAUCUGCAGAUAUGGAUAGGAAACAGCAAGUCAAAAGAAGAAGAGUCAUAAGGAGCCAAAAAAUAAAGGAGUACAGACAGGAAACAACUGACUGGUUUAUCACAUGAUAAAGAUUAUUUGGAUAGGAUAGAUUAUCUUUAAAUGGAUCUUUAAAAAGUUAUCCUGUCGACUGUUUUUAUUACAUUUCAGGAAUGGCAAACACUUCUGCACUUACCCAAAAAACAGUACAUACCCAUGAUUAUGUAUCCAAUUUAUACAACAAAAUACUAUUGUUACAAAAAGGGUGAACAGGCCGAGCAGCAGGUAGCUACCGAUGACGUCCAAAACCAAACACGGAGCUGCCAACAAAUUGGAUUUUCAAAAGGCGCAGCGCGGCAUCACGGCAUGAUCCCAAACCCUGUUCCAGUGUAGUCUGAUGAUACAAGUGCUGUGAACAGCAUGUGGGUGACUUUCCUUGGAUUUGGUACCACUGUAGUCCGUCCAACUACCUGUACAGUCAUCGCUCAGUUUAAAGCGUCGCCACACAGUUGAGAUCAUUGACAUGUCGUCUUCUUUUUAACAAGCAAAAGGAACUGAAGCAUUUCUGCUGGUGGCGUUCAUGGCCACCACCGAGAUUGUUUUAUUAUUUCCAGUACUACAAAUCACAACAUGGUAACAAAUAUAUUUUGAGGUCAGAUUG